AUGGUCCCUCCUAACAACACACGGUUUCAUCCCUACUAUUUUCUCCUUCUGGGGAUUCCAGGGCUUCAAGAUGUGCAUAUGUGGAUUGGUUUUCCAUUUUGUGCUGUAUAUUUGACUGCCCUCCUGGGUAACAUCACAAUUCUCUGUGUGAUUCAGACUGAACAAAGUCUCCAUCAGCCCAUGUUCUACUUUCUGGCCAUUCUGUCUUCCAUUGACCUGGGCCUGUCCACAUCCACCAUUCCCAAGAUGCUUGGCAUCUUCUGGUUCAAUCUGAAAGAAAUCGCUUUUGAAGGAUGUCUUAUCCAGAUGUUCUUUAUCCACCUGUGCACUGGCAUGGAGUCAGCUGUGCUCGUGGCCAUGGCCUAUGACCGCUACGUGGCCAUCUGUAAGCCUCUUCAUUAUACAUUAGUGCUAACGAACAAGGUGGUGUCCAUCAUAGCAUUGAUCAUCCUCCUGAGACCUUUAGCCUUUGCAAUCCCCUUUGUUCUGCUUAUUCUAAGACUUCCCUUCUGUGGACAUCAAAUCAUUCCUCACACCUACUGUGAGCACAUGGGCAUUGCCCGCCUGGCCUGUGCCAGCAUCAAGGUCAACAUAAUUUAUGGCUUAUGUGCCAUUUCUAUCCUGGUGUUUGACAUCAUAGCCAUUAUCCUAUCUUAUGUCCAGAUCCUCCGUGCUGUGUUCCACCUUCCUUCCAGAGAUGCCCGACUGAAGGCGCUUAGCACCUGUGGCUCCCAUGUCUGUGUCAUGUUGGCCUUCUACACACCAGCUUUUUUCUCUUUCAUGACCCACCGGUUUGGCAGGAAUGUUCCCCAAUACAUUCAUAUUCUUCUUGCUAAUUUUUACGUUGUCAUCCCACCUGCUCUCAACCCUGUUAUUUAUGGGGUCAGAACUAAGCAAAUCAGAGAGCGGGUAAUGAGAACAUUCAAAAAUAAAUUAUGA